UUUUUUUUUUUUUCAUACAAAUAUGAGUUUCAAAAGUGAGGCGAAAAAUCUUUUUUAUUCUUUAUUUCAUCUCUCGUUAGACUAUGGCAGAAUCACAAGAGAAUACAGGAGAACUCGGUUGGCCAGAGUUCAUAAAGACAAGAGUCGUGACGACCAUUACUAAUUCGGGUGUGUCUGACCGAUUAGACUUUUUAAACCAUUCACUUUUAAUUCGUCUUCGCAGAAAAGAUCUCCCCGUGGAAGCACUUCCUUCCUUGUUACAUUUGAUUUUUCUCACCAUUGCUCGUUACCGUGAUCGUGCUUCACGUCAUGCGAUUAUCGAAGUCAUUAAAGAAUUAAAUAAUUGGAACCCUGAAGUCUUUCAAAAAGUUUUCGUUCCUGUCAUUGCUAGAGAAGCCGAGAAAUGUGGCAAACGCAAGCCUACAGGUGAAUGUGUAUCUGCUGCUUCAGACCGUUUUGUCUUGUUGAGUUGGGUCAAUGUAUUAUUCACCAGUGUUUUAAAGCAAGUGACGAUCGAACAAGCCGCCAACAAUGCCCUCUUCGCCAGUAUUUUAAGCGCCCAAGCAGUAUUAAUCGAUUCACUUGUGGAUGAUGGAAAAAAGACGAUUGCUAAAAGUGCCGUAGCCGAUGUUCGACGUACCAUCCGACUUCACGCCGACGCCAUCCCUGUCAUGCUUCAAGUGGCACUUGCCAACGCACAAACAUGUACACCUUCUUUCAAAAAUGCUGUCUUGAUUGGCACCAUUGUCGAUGUGAGCUUACGUCUCAAGAACCGUGAGGAUGGACCUGUCAUGAUUAAAAACGUCGAACACCAAUUGACCGAGUAUUAUUUGAAGAACAUUGUUUCUUCAAGAACUGCCGUACAUGCCGCUGCUUUAGAUGCCUUUCACGAUUUUGUCCAAUCCAACAUCACCAAGGAAAAGUUUGAAGCUGAAUAUUUACCUGUGCUUGAUAAGAUGAUGCUUCGAUCCCCCGAGAUUGUUUUACAGGCUUUGGCACAUUUGACACCAGCAUUUUCUUUCGAUCCUUCCAGCAUUUUUGCAUCAAAGUGGUUAGAUCCUCUUCUCAACCAUUUACGCUCCACCUCACCCACCACCGUGAAAGGAGCCAAGGCAUUCUGGGAAGCUUUAGCCGCUGCCUGUUCCGACCGCGAUAGUUUGAUCAAAGUAGCCGAAGGUGUUUCUAAGCUCUUGACCAGCGGUAAAGUGAAUUCAUGGGAACAUCGUGUCAUUAUGUACAAUGCUCUUUCAUCGCUUGCUCAAGUUGCUGAACCUGCAGUCAGUCAAAAGGCUUUAGAGGGUUAUUUCGCUAUGACCGCUAAAGAAGCUCAUGAACAAGCCAUGGCUGCUGCUGUGGAUGGAAUUGGCCGCCACUUAACAGUCUUGAUCUACAAUGAUGAAUUCUGUGCCGCUCACCCUGACUUUGUUCAAAAGGUUGUCAAGACCUCUACAGAUGGAUUAAGUUCAGCCAAACCUUUAGCUAGAAAGCGAUGGGCCAACGUUGUGGGUAACACGGUGUGGGAUCAUCAACAACCCAGUGCUACUUUAAGUGCCAACGUUGUUAAAUACCUUCAAUCCUUGUUCAAGACAUUCAACACGAUUGUAGAUAAACCACUUUUAUGGAAGGAUGGACCUGUGGAAGCUUAUUUGACCAUCUCUAUUGUUUCUGGCCGUAUUCAACACUGGCCCAGUAUUCCUCAACCCGUUGUUGAUCUCCUCAAGACCCAAAAAUACCCCUCUUCUUUGUUAGUCACUUCCCCCAAGCCCAGUUAUUUGUUAUGGGAUCGUAUCUAUACAAAAGCUGUGCUUCCUGAAGAAGGACUCUGGCUUGUGCGUUCGCUCGUCAACGUUUUCAAGAAUGAAACCGAAGCCUCUUUGGAAAAGACAGGAGCUGGAUAUUUUAUUGCCCAGGCUCUUAUCUGGGUUAUCACUUCGCAUCCCGAAUACACUGUCCGUAACGCUGCAUAUGAGGAAACAUCUGCACUUGCAGCAGCUGAUCCUCGCAAGUUGAGUCAAUAUAUGAAGAAGGCACUCAAGCAAUGGUUAUUGGAUAUCGAAAACAAUACCAAGGAUUCAACUGCUGUGUCUGCUACACAUGCUGAAAGUUAUAAGAAGGAAAUUGCCACUGCACGUCUUGCUUCUGUUUUGAACGCCAUGACAGCCUAUGCUGAUGAUUUGGCUGAAUCUGCUAAGGGUGUCGAAUUGAUCGAUCUCUUGUUGUUAUCACAUCAUCAAUAUAUCGCUUCUCCUACCAAUAAAUAUAACUGGAUUACCUUGGUGCAGCGUGCUAACGUUGAUCCUGGAAAAUUAGUCAAGGAAAAAUCUGCUAAACUUUUAGAUAUUUUAAAGGAAACUUUGCAAGCACGUCAAGAGUCUCAACUCUUUUAUGAAGCUGCAUUGUCUGCCAUUUCCACCUUGGUCUUUAUUUCACCCAAAAUCAUGUACAACUUUUACGAGAUUGUGAAUGAAAACUUAUCCCCUGGCUGUAUGGCCAACAUUACCGAAUUAGACUGCAAUAUCUGGAAAUCCCCUGCCGACGUUGCCUUCAUCGAUGUUCUUAAGAAGGAUAAAAAAGUAGAGAGUCGUAACCGUAAGGGUAACAGUGAUGAUCAAUGGGAAGACGAUCUUCGUGCCGAGCUUGCCAAAAAGAAGGGUUUAGCACAAAAAUUGACCAAAGAGGAACAACUCGCAGUCAACAUGCAAUUGAAAAAGGAAGCUGGUAUUCGUGCUCAUGUUCAAGUCACUUAUGAAAAGCUCGUCUUGGGCUUAAACAUCAUUACUGCUCUUGUUCAAGGCAACUGUACUGCCUCUCAAGAAUAUUUGAACGAUUUCAUUCGUAUCUUGUUGGAUAUCGCCAAGCAAUCCGCUGGUCUCCUCGUUGAUGAUCUCUUGGUUGAUACCUACCUUAAAUUAGGCGAUUGUGUUGUUGACGAUCUUCAAGUGAUUCGUGAUGCCAUCGCCAUGGCUACGUUACGUGCUAACAACAUCCGUCCUAUUCCCUCCCGCUGGUUAGACGAACCAUUGGGUGCACUUAUCCCUCGUGUUCUUUUCCGUUUGCGUUUCAUUACUGAAUCUCGUCCUUUGCCUCCUGCUUCUUUCGGCUUCUGUUUCCCUGUCCUCUAUCAAGUCAUUGAACAAGGCGCUAUUGACUGUGAUAAGAAUGAUGAAUCUGCUCUUGAACAAGUCACGAUGGCCAUCGAUAUCAUUGGUUUCCAUUGUAUUCAUGGUGCCUCAACCAUCAUGCCUUGUAAGCUCAUGGUUGAAAUUUUGUUGCGUAGUAUUAAGGAUUAUCCCAUGUGCAGUAAAGCAGCCAAGACCUAUUUGGUUACACUUUGUGAAGCGAUGGCUGAUGAUGUUCCCAUGAGUGUGAUUGAGGCUUUGUUUAAUGGUUUAUUAUCCUCUGAAGUACUUGUACGUGCUGCUUCGCUUCAAGCCCUCGAACUCAUGGAUCUUACAGAUAUCGAUUAUUCACCCGAGCUCUGGGUUGCCUGUCACGAUGAAAAUGAGUCGAAUGCUGAUUUAGCCAAGAUUUUGUGGGAAGACAAUGCCAUGGAAGUGGAUGAAGAGUACAAGGACAAGUUAUUGACCUAUAUUGUUUCUGAUAGUGAGUAUGUGCGUCAAGCUGCUAGUAAAGCACUUGCUGAAGCUGUGGAGGAAUACCCUGAGUCUGUCUACGAGACCCUUCAAUCUGUAUAUGCCAUGUACAAGAAAUUGGCUGCUCCUCUUGAUCCUGAGUUUGAUGAAUACGGUAUGGUGAUUCCCGAGACCUUGGACCGUCAAGAUCCUUGGGCUGCUCGUGUUGGUCUUGCACUUACAUUAAAGGCUGUCGCUCCUUUCAUGCAACUCGAGAACGCUUCCAACUUCUGUAAGUUCUUGAUUAAAGAUCAAGCACUUGGUGAUCGUAAUGAACAAGUACGUAAGCGUAUGUUGGAAGCUGGUAUGGCUGCUAUCAACGCCUAUGGUAAGGUUGAUGUAGAAGAGUUCUUGGAGAUUUUCGAAAAUCAUUUGAACUCUCCUUCUGAUAAUGGAGAUGUCCAAGACUCUAUCCGUCAAGGUGUUGUCAUUCUUUAUGGUGGUGCUGCCGGUUACUUAUCCCCUGGUGACGAAAAAGUCAGUACUGCUGUUGAGAAACUGAUCGAGACUUUGGAUACACCCUCUGAAACUGUUCAAAGUGCUGUUGCCGAUUGUCUUCCCCCUCUCAUCAAGAUGUGUAAGGAAGAAGUACCUCGUCUUAUCAAGGCACUUUUGAACAAGCUUUUCAAGGGAGAAAAGUAUGCUCAACGUCGUGGUGCCGCUUAUGGUCUUGCUGGUGUUGUUAAGGGUCGUGGUAUCACUGCUCUUAAGGAAUGUAAUGUCAUGAACGCUUUGAAGGAUGCUGUUGAUAACAAGCGUAAUUACGAAUACAGACAAGGUGCUCUUUUCGCUUUCGAGACCUUGUCAGCUACUUUGGGUCGUUUGUUCGAACCUUAUAUUAUUCAGAUUAUUCCUCUUUUGCUUGUCUGUUCUAGUGAUGCUAACAUGGAUGUCCGUGAAGCCUCUUCUGAUGCUGCUCGUGUGAUUAUGAGUAAAGUCAGUGGUCAUUGUGUUAAGCUUAUUUUGCCCUCUAUCCUCGAAGGUUUGGAAGAACGUCAAUGGCGUACCAAGAAGGCCUCUGUCGAACUUUUGGGUUCCAUGGCCUAUUGUGCACCUAAACAAUUAUCUAUCUCUCUCCCCAAUAUUAUUCCCCGUAUUUCUGAGGUUUUGGCUGAUACCCAUUCUCAAGUUCAAGCUGCUGCUAACCGCUCACUUCAACUCUUUGGUGAGGUCAUUAGUAAUCCUGAAAUUCAAGAACUUGUUCCUGUCUUAUUGAAGGCUCUUUGUGAUCCUAACACCAAGACAUCUCCUGCUCUUUCCGCUCUUUUACAAACCUCAUUUGUGCAUUACAUUGAUCCUCCUUCUCUUGCUUUGGUUAUGCCUAUCUUGGAACGUGGUCUUCGUGAACGUGCUACUGAGAUCAAGACAAAGUCUGCUCAAAUUGUCGGUAACAUGGCUUCCUUGACCGAUCAAAAGGAUCUUGUACCUUACCUUAAUAUCAUCUUGCCCGGUCUUAACGAAGUUCUUGUGGAUCCUGUUCCUGCUGCUCGUGGUACCGCUGCCAAGGCAUUGGGUGCUCUUGUAGAGAAAUUGGGUGAAGAGAAUUUCCCUGGUCUUGUUCUUGACUUACUUGAUAUUCUUAAAACUGAUUCUGGAGGAGUUGACAGACAAGGUGCCGCACAAGGUCUUUCUGAGGUUCUUGCUGGUCUUGGUCUUGAGCGUCUCGAUGGCCUCUUACCUGAGAUUAUCUCUAGUGCCGAUUCACCUCGUUCGUAUGUCCGUGAAGGUUUUAUCUCUCUCCUUAUUUACUUACCCGCUACCUUCGGUCCUCGCUUCCAACCUUAUUUGGGUCGCAUUAUUCCUCCUAUUCUUAUGGGUCUUGCUGAUGAGUCUGAAUAUGUACGUGAAGCAUCGCUCCGUGCUGGUCGUAUGAUUGUCACCAACUAUGCUACUAAGGCUGUCGAUUUGUUGUUGCCCGAAUUAGAGAAGGGUCUCUUCGAUGAUAAAUGGCGUAUUCGUCAAAGUUCCGUUCAACUUGUGGGUGAAUUACUCUUCCGUAUCACCGGUAUCUCCUCCAAGAACAGUGAUAUGGCCCUCGGUAACGUGGAAGAACUCGGUGAUGAAGAUGCCGAUGCUGUUCAUGAUGAUUAUGGUAGUGAUUCCAAGAAGAAACAACUCGUGGAAAUUUUGGGUAAGGAGAGAAGAGAUCGUAUCUUGGCUGCUCUUUAUAUUGUUCGUCAAGAUUCUUCUGGUGUUGUCAGACAAGCUUCGCUCCAAGUUUGGAAGGCUCUUGUUGCCAACACACCUCGUACUCUCAAGGAUAUUUUGGCUGUUAUGAUGGCCAUGAUCAUCAAGAGUUUGGCUAGUGAUAACUUUGAACAACGUGCUGUUGCUGGACGUACUCUCAGUGAACUUGUCUCCAAGUUGGGUGAAGGUAUUCUUCCUGAAAUCUUACCUGUCCUUGAAGAAGGUAUGAACUCGGAUGAUGAGGCUACUCGUGUUGGUGUUACCGUUGCUUUCAGUGAGAUCAUGGCAUCUGUUGGUCGUGUCCAAGUUAUGGAUUUCGCCGAUCAAAUUAUCCCCACCAUUAAACAAGCCUUGUGUGAUCCCUCCGAUGAAGUACGUGAAGCUGCUGCUCAAGCAUUCGAUACGCUUAAUCAAAACAUUGGUUCAAAGGCUAUUGAUGUCAUCCUUCCUUCCUUGCUCAACAAGCUUCAAUCUUCCGACGAAACUUCAGCUUAUGCUUUAUCUGCCCUCAAAGAAAUCAUGUCCGUUCGUUCCAACGCUGUCUUCCCUGUACUUAUUCCUAAUCUCAUCUCUGUUCCUAUCAGUGCAUUCAAUGCUCGUGCUCUUGCUUCGCUCGUAACUGUUGCUGGUCCUGCACUUAACAAACGUUUAACAGCUAUCCUUGAAGCACUUAUUGAAUCUCUCAUGCAAGAGGAGGACGAAGAAACCAUUGAGGCACUCAAGGCUACUACCGAAGCCUUCUUGAUGUCUGUGGAUGAAGAUGAUGGUUUGCAUACCUUGACUGUUGAUCUUAUGGAAUAUGCUCGUGAUGAUGACCCAGUGAAGCGUGCUAUUGCUUGUGAUGUCGUUACACAAUUCUUUACAGAGACUGAGUUAGAUUCAUCAUACUAUAUUCCCGAUUGGAUCCAUUUGCUCUUGUUACUCUUGAACGAUCCUUCCGAGCAAGUUAUUCAAUCUGCUUGGAACGCUUUGGUUGCUGUGACCAAGUCUUUACCCAAGGAAGAAUACGAAGAAUUAGUGGUGCCUACCAAGCGUGCCAUUACCUCUGUCAGUGCUUCUGGUAUCGAUAUUCCUGGUUUCAACUUACCCAAGGGUAUCAGUUGUAUCUUACCCAUCUUCUUACAAGGUUUGAUGUACGGAUCCACUGAUGUUCGUGAACAAUCCGCACUUGCUAUUGGUGAUUUGAUUGAUCGUACGUCUGCUGCUGCACUCAAGCCUUUUGUCACACAAAUCACAGGUCCCCUUAUUCGUAUUUUGGGUGACCGUUACCCUGCUGAAGUCAAGGCUGCUAUUUUACAGACUUUGAUCUUGAUGUUACAUAAGGUGCCUAUGCAUCUCAAGCUUUUCUUGCCUCAAUUGCAACGUACAUUUGUCAAGUCAUACUCUGAUUCUACCAGUGAUGUGGUACGUGAACGUGCUGCUGCUGCCCUCAAGGUUCUCAGUACUUUGCAACCUCGUAUUGAUCCCACAGUGGCUGAAAUUCUCAAGACUGAAAACCUUUAGUUUGUUAUACAUAAAAAAAAAAAGUUGUUAAUUAUUAAUAAAAAAAAAAAACAAAAACACACACGCAAAGUAUAUAUGUGGUUUAUUGUUGUUCCAAAGAAAGACUGAAAUAAAAAGCUAGAUUUUUGUUAUGUUAUAAAAAAA